AUGGCCGCUUCAGUCGAGUUGGUGCAGCCUGUGGACGUGGCCUUAUUGCCCAAGGAGGCCACCCCGGUUUUGGAAUUGAACCCUUUUGACGAAGAGAGGUUCAUCGUCAAGUCGCCAUACACGGAUAAGGAGCAUCUGCUUGAUCUGGAUACCCUUUCCCACGAAGGCGCCAUAUUGGCGAGGGCUUUGCAAUCCUUCAAGUCGAUUCGCGAUGACUAUGCCACUGCGCCCUAUGUCGAAUCAUUCAACUGGCCUGAAGUCCUCGAUGAGGUGAAACGCUUGGUUCAACAAUCCGGAAGGCCGUUCAGGGAGAUUUCUUUCUACAUUGUCGCAUUCCGGUCGCAGAUCAAGCCGAGCACUCAUUACGGCGACCUUGGCGUGUUGGAUAAGGCUUCCCAUGCUGAAGCCGUUGCCAGCGGAGGCUUCUUGAAAUAUUGGUUUGGUUCGCCAGACUCCGAGCUCAGAAAUCUGGCAACCUGCGUUUGGAGAUCGAGAGAAGACGCAAUGCUCGGUGGCAGAGGACCAGCGCACCGCAAGGCAGUCGGCGCCACGCGAAACUUGUAUGCUUUCUGGAAGAUUGACCAGCACCGACUCACCAUCCGCGACAAUGCGGACGACUGGGUGAUUGAGGACUGGGAUUUCGACUUGAGAGAGUGUUGGAGGACGCAAAAGGUUGGCGGUUUGGCGGCGUAUUUGGCCCCCUCAAAUUCUGCCGCCGCCCACCGCCCCGAACCCACAACGCCCACAAAUCUGGUAGGCGAAAAGUUCGAUAUUCCCAACACCAAGAGCGAGCGCUCCUUGAAGCUCAUCAUCCAGCGACUCUCGGCGUCAACCUCGGCUCGACACCCGCCAUUUCUCUCCGCCACGCCUCACCGAAUCUCCCAAAAUGAGCGAAGCUCCGAAAGACGCGCCUUUCCAGGCGGUGCAGGUCGAUGCUCUGGUGAGUUGCAGCUCGCAUUGCCCCACCUUGCCUCGAUGAAGAAGAUGCAACGAACGACUGACAACCCGGCAAAGGUCAUUCUGAAAAUCGCCAGACACUGCUCAUCGACCUUCCCGACCGUGGCCACCGGCUCCCUCGUGGGCAUGGACCAGAACGGCACCCUGGAAAUCACAAACACUUUUGCCUUCCCCACCGUCGACAACUCCUCCGCCGAUACCCAUCAGAGCGAUGCCACAAACGCUGCCGCCGCGGCACCCCGCGCAAAGGCCAACAUUACAUACCAGGGCGAGAUGAUCCGACACCUGAAGGAGGUCAAUGUGGAUGCCAACAACGUCGGAUGGUACACAAGCGCCACCAUGGGCAACUUUGUCAACCUUGCCUUUAUCGAGAACCAGUUCCACUACCAGAAGGACAACGAGAAGACCAUUGCGCUGGUCUAUGACACCAGCCGCAGCUCACAGGGAACCUUGGCUCUGAAGGCCUACCGCCUGACCAACCUCUUCAUGACUGUUUACAAGGAGGGCAAGUUUACGACUGAGAGCCUGCAAAAGUCCAAGCUCUCGUUCCGCGACAUUCUCCAGGAGUAUCCUCUCAACGUCUACAACUCACACCUCCUCACCUCCUUCCUUCACCAGCUGCCCUCGCCCGCGAUCGCCUCCGAGGCCAAGGAGCCAACCCUCAGCGAGCUCAACAACGACCGCAUCAAGGCUCCUCUAUACCCUUCCAUCGAAAACCUGGACCUGUCUGUCGACCCCUUCCUUGAGAAGACGUGCGACCUGCUGCUCGAGAGCAUCGAGUCCCACUACGUGGAACUCAACAACUUCCAGUUCUACCAACGCCAGCUGGCGCGUGAGCAGACCAAGAUUACACAAUGGCAGGCCAAGCGAAAGGCGGAGAAUGCGCAGCGCACUCUUGCCAAGCAGGCCCCGCUACCGGAAGACGAGUGGCAGCGGCUGUUCAAGCUGCCUCAGGAGCCCAGCCGGCUGGAGGGCAUGCUCAACGCCAAGCAGGUUGAGCAGUACAGCAAGCAGGUGGACGGAUUCACGGCCAACAUCAGCGCAAAGAUGUUUGCCGUUCGGGAAAACCUGCUGCCCCAGUAA